UUUGUGUCUUGUAGCACCGUUUGGAGAGCUGUAGACUUAGAAACCUGGUGGAACUGCAUCUUAAGCCUUCAGUUAAAAAAGAGGGGUGAGUCACUUGAUGGGCCUUAUGAGCAUGUUUAUUAUGACGAUUGUUGGGCUCACAGGAGCGUUAAAUUCAUCAUUUGCCAGAUGGUAGCUUUGGGAAUAAACCACCAAAGAUAGAAACCUUAUGGAAACUUCAACCAUGAAGGAGGAGAAAAAGUAAACAAACGCCAACACAUUUAGAAACGUGCAGAAAUGUUCUGCAGAUAAUUACCGAGGGCAGAUGAGAAGAAUCUGUGACUGUUUUGGAGGCUCUGAGGUGGACGUGUUGCAAAGGGACGCUGUUCUGCUUGUGAGCUGACAGCACCUUCUCCCAGUUUGUGUAGCAUCUCCUCGCGCCUGGCAUAAUUAGUAAUGCUUACAUUUCAUUGAAUGAUCUCAAAGUGUUUCACAAGAGAAGUUUCUCCUUCUGGCUUUGAGGGCAUUGCUUUUGAAGAAGAGGAUCUGAACGGCGAGCUGAUGAACGAAGACAUACGUAUCCAUAGCUGGCCUUGUUCUUACUACUUGGACACCAGAAAACAAUGGGUCUCUGGCAGACUCUCGCUGACUCCUGUUGCAAUCAAAUUUACAGCUGACAAGACUGGGGAGCUUCUGGUCGACUUCCAUCUUUCUAGUGUUAGUGAGAUCAAGAAGGAAUCUUCAAAUUUAAUCUUCAGCUCCCUUACCAUCUUAGAGAAUAAUACCAAGCACUGGUUCAGUUCUCUGCAACCCAACAGAAAUGUGGUAUUCAACAUCCUUGAGCACUUCUGGAGGGAGCAGUUGCUGUCAAGCCAAGCUGCAGGAGCAGAAGCAGCAGCUUUGCAGUCAACGAAGGGAAAAGAACUGACGGGGUUAUUGACUGGAUCACAGAAACGACUGGAGGACACAGCAAAAGUGCUGCAUUACCAGGGUGAGCAGUUUGAUAACAUCAUGAGAGGACUCAACAAGAUCGAAGGGGAUAUGGAUGUAGCAGACAGGUUGUUGACUGAGCUUGAAUCUCCUUCUUGGUGGCCAUUUAGCAGCAAGCUCUGGAAAGUGCCAUUGGAAACCAAGCCAAAGGAAACCGCCACAGUUUCCGAUUCGAAGAACCAGGAAGGAAUCAUAAUGAGAAUUCCAGUUAUUAUCACCCACAGAACAGACUCAAAUGUCAAGCCAGGAAAACUCACACUUUUCGCUUCUGGCCUGGAAAUCAGUGACUGCAAUUCUCAGGUCAUUCACCGGUUUGAAUCAAGGGAUGUAGAUGAUAUCAGAGUUCAUACGCCAUAUGAAAUCAGUGUCCGUCAGAGAUUUAUUGGGAAGCCCGACACCUCUUACCGGCUCUUGUCAGCAAAGAUGCCAGAAGCAAUCCCCAUCUUGGAGAUGCAGUUUAGCAAGAAGAUACAGUUUUUAGAAGAUGCCCUAGGAUUUGUUGGUGCCAGGAAAUCUCCUCAGGUGGAUUUGGGGACCUCCAUUUGGCAAGCAGCCACAGGACUUCUGGGAGGAGUGGUACAGCCCUGCUCUCUGUUGGGAGGUGGAGAAGGGAUGGACAACGAUGAGGUUCAGCUGCAGAAGCAAGAGAAGAUCUCCCAGGAAGAAGCACAAGAGCUUAAACAGAUACUAAAGAAGCUGAAGGGCCUUGCCUUGGAGACAGAAGCCGAGCUGGAGAGACAGGAUGAAGCUCUUGAUUCCAUCACUACCUCCGUAGACCGCGCGACACUGAAUAUUGACAAGCAGAACCGCAGAAUAAAGAAACUAACGUAGCUCCUGCAGGAGCCCCAGGGGAUGGUAUCGAGAGGAAGAGGAGGUUCAGGGAACUGUAUUUUUCCAAGACUGUUACUUUAAAUUCUCAAUUUGAUUGCACGGGAGGUGUUUGCAAAAUUGUCUGGAAUACGAUGCUGCUAUUGUCGAGUUCCUGAGGGUUUUGAAAAAUGUUUCCAGACUUGGAUGAUGUUUGAAGGCUGGUUUAGAAAGGCCAAGACUGUUAAUUGUGGUGAAACAAUGAUAGUGGAUUCUUUACUACAGAAAAACUGUAAAUAUGAAGGGAUGUGAUAUAAUCUGAAUCAACUUUUAUGUGCUUUUUUUAUGUUGCUGCUUUUGAAAGUCGUUUUUUGGGGGGGUUUUUUACUGCAACGAAGAAGUAAAGGAGAAAUGUACUGCAUAUGAGACUACUUUAGAUGAUUACAGCCUAUUAAUUAUCUCUGAAGGUCUUUCUUUAAAAUAGUUAAUAGCUGAACUAAGGGCCAGAUGUCCAACUGCAAGUCAUUGAGGCUUUUUUGUGUAAGUUAAUGCUGAGGUGAGCAAAUGAUGGUGAUAAAACCUUGUGUUCCCUGAGCAAAUAGUUUUAAUAAGUUUCAAUCAUGCUUUUAAUGUACCCAGAAAUUUUAUAAGAGUGAUGAAGACUUAGUGGCCACAGCUGCUGUCUGUUGCCAUAUCCUGGGAAAUCAAGAGAAGAAGGUUAGUUAAUGUGCAAGUAUUGGUAGAUACAUCUGCUUAUUGAGCAGAUUUUUUUUUUUUUUUUUUUCCACUCCAUAAAUAGUGGAAAUUAAGGCACUUAUAAAAAGUGUCGAAGUCAUAUAGAUGCUUCUGCUUUCCAGAAAGGGAGUGCUGAUCUUCGAUGAUCAUCUAUGCAUUUGUGUGUGUUUUAUUUUUCCCCUUUGAACUGCAGAGAUAGUGAAGAAAUUGAUUUUAGAAUGGAGGAGGUGAUUUUCUUCACAGGUGAAUUUACUCAGUUCUUGGAGUUUGCCAUUUUUAUAUCCCUCACUUGCACACACAGUGGGUUUAUAUUUUUAGUAAUAGUCUGACAUGGGAUGCAGUGUCCUCAGAGCAUCAUGAAUGUAGCAUUCAGUUAGGCUGGUCCCUAAAUACCAUGUUGGGUCUGGGCUGCCGCAUCUCUGGUGGAUGUUAGUGGAAGGUCUCUUGUCCUUUUGCUUCUCUGUCCUUCAUUUUCCAAGGACAUCCCUACCAUUCAUCUCUGACUCUCUAAAUGGGAAUAUCAUGAGUUGUGUGGAGCUUCGUGUGGGUUUUGUGUCUGCUCCAGACUCACAGGCUGAGGGGCCUAUGGUCGAAGCUGUAGACAUCUGUAUAACAUUUGACAGUCAUGGUACAUCCAUGUAUCUUGUGGCUUUUAUUUAUUUGCACUAACUGGUGGUAAAGCAUUUCAAGACUUCUUGUAGAUCUGUAUUUCUAAAAUGAAAGGGAAUACUGUGAAUCGUUGUCUGAUAGAUUUUUGUUGAGUUUACAGUUGGCUCCAUUGAGACUACAGGACAGUGGAGACUUUUUCUGCCCCUAACUUGCUUCACACUAUGUACUAGAGAUUCCAGGUAAUCCAUGUAUCUAUUGCCUGUGGCAGAGAACUCACAUUUCAUCAGUUCCUACAGUCUACCAGCUAUUUUAGUUCAAAGUAGCUGUUUUAAUAUGUUUGGGGGGUGGGGUGGGGGGUGUUAAAGUGUUUUAUAUUAAACAGUUCUUUUUCUAUUGCUUUCAAAUACACUUUGGUGCAAUAUAUUUAACUAGUGAAGCUUUCCACUGCUUAUUCCACUGAUAGUUGGUGUGAAAUUUUCCAGUUGCAGAAUAACGCAGCCUACCUUUUAAAGAACGGUACAGCAAAUCGCAUGGAAUAUGUUGUUUUCAAGAUCUUACUCUACCUUGUUUUGUAUUACUUAAUAUUAGUUUGUUAGUAUUGGAGUAAAGUGUACUUCUGCACUGCAAGUUCUUAAUUUACAGUCCAAGUUGUUAUUGGCAUGCACUUUACCUACUUGCUGAAUAUGGCGAUUAUAUAUACAUACAUUAUGUGUACUAUGAAAUAAAAUAAUGUCUGGGGUUCUCUUGUUUGUUUCUGAUCCCCAAAUCACUGUUGUUUUUACUGUGAAAGGAAGAUAUGUUUACAAAAGUAAUUAUUUCAUUAAUUUAAAAGUAUACUUUGCACAAAAUGUGUGUUAACUGAACCUGGUGCUGACUGGGAACGAAUCUCUGAAUUAGUCCAAACCAGGAUUGCCAAAAGUAAAUACUAAUUACAUGUCAUCUAGUUUAGCAUUCUUUGUGCCAUACUUAUUGUUGUGAUUUUUAACACUAGCUGUUGCAUCUGAUUCAGUAUUUUGUGGUUUGUGUUACUCCAAAAUGUCCAUGCUAAAGCAAAAAAAUUGUGAUAUUGUUUGUAAGAAGUGACCCAUUCUAGAGCUGUGCAUUAGCUGAAUUUCAUGUGCCCAGAGGACUUUCAAUCUGUAAUUUCUCUCUAUUAAAUAUCUUGGAAUAAUGAUUUUCUCUCUUGUUAUUCACUUGGCUGAGAAGUUGCAGUAAAAAUACUGUUUAUCUACCCCUUUCUCAUAUUGUGGAACAGAAUUUAAUUUCAGAAUUAAAUCAUUUUGUGUAGGGCUGGGCUUUAGGAUAGGCUUUUUUUAAUUUUAAAAAAAAAAAAAAAAAAAAAGGAAGAUGUUAACUGGUGGAAUAUUAUCAAUGUGAAUGUCAAUCUCUCCUCAGCUGGACAGUGAAGUGGGUGGAUGUCAGCACAGUAUACUCUGUCCUGGAGACUGUGGCAUAGAAACUGCUCCAGCUCCUGUAGAGUGGACUAAGAACUGCUUGGACAUGUCACAAUUCGAACAACUUGGUACACAAGUAUAAAUAUUUCACUCUGAUCAAGACUCCUCUUACUAUGUAAUAAUACAGCUUCUGUUAUUGCCAAGAGUGCUUAGAGCCUCCUAAGUUCCUUUUACUCUAAACCCAAGCACCAUUAUUUUCCAAAUUGUGUCACAGCUCCGGACCAGUGCUCCACAGGGGAAGAUGCAGCUGGUAACGUGCCAAACACUAUUCUUGUGCUUCAUUCUUCACUGAUGUGUUAUCUGCAUGAGGCUUAGAGAGGUACUUCUAGGAUCACUUUUGCCUUUUAUAUGCAGUUUGUUAGUUCUUUGUAAGUCUUCUACUACAAUGUGAAAAGUGAGGGGCUUUCUUAUUAAGAGGUAUAUAAGGAACAAACUAAUAAGAGAGAUUCUAACCUAAAAAAUAAGUAGCCUUUUUGGGGGGAAGGCUUUUCAACUCCUGCAAAAUAGAACGAGAUUGUAUUGUGUCAUAUGGCAGGUUUAUAAUCCCAUGUGUGUUCAUGG